AUGCUCCUCGUUGGCCCCACUGCCGUGGGGCCGUCGGAGAAGUUAGUGGCUGCUGAUGAUGAGACCCGCUUGCCCACGGGCCUUCUGCUGGAGACCCGACACCGACAAGGUCUCUACCACGAGGUCAGUUUCGAGCCUCACUGGGAUCCGGACCUCGUCUGCGCCUUCCAGCCGGGCUUCUACGGCUACGACAGCUGGGAGCCCAGCAUUCGCAGGGUCCUGGAGCUGAAGGCGCCCUUCCUCGCCACGAGUUACACUUACGAAGAGGCCGAAGAGGACAAGCACUGCACUGGUGACUUGCGCAUCAAACAGAGAGAUAGAGUCGUGUCCACGCCAACAUAUGCAGGAUCAACACACUCUCUUGGAAGAGUUUGGGUGCGACCCCAUGUGCGGCCAAGCCGCAUUGUGAAUGCCCUCGGGAUGCAACCGUUCUGGCUAAGGUCUCUAAGGCCACUCAGCUCCCGACACCUGAGGCUGGGAGCCACCCGGCUGGCCUCCGGAGGCCAACGCCUUCGCAUCUCCACUGCAACGCGGAGAGCAGCAGGCGUGCCACACACUGGUGCAAGUCUCUCGUUAAGCCUCGUCACUUGUUUUCUGGAGAGUCCCCUCAGGAGCAGUGUUGCUGGCAAUGCCUCGUGCCACCAAGCUUGCGAAAAGAAGAGCUGCAUCAAAAAGCCGAAAAAGGCCGCACGUCCUCGGUGA